AUGACUCACCUCAAAUUCGUCACCCUUGAUGUCUUCACAUCGACACCUUACUCUGGGAAUCCGCUAGCAGUAGUGUUCCUCCCAGACGACUCCGCUCUAACCCAGAGCCAGAAGCAAACCAUCGCACGGGAAUUCAAUCUAUCGGAGAGUAUCUUCGUCCAUCCAGUGCGCGAGAGAGGCAAGCGCACCAUCGAUAUCUUCACCACAGACUGCGAAAUCCCCUUCGCAGGCCAUCCCACCAUUGGCGCAGCCUCCUGGUUCCUGAGCCAUUCAACCGACCCCACAGAUGGCAAUGGCGUAACCACCCUCGUAACCAAGUCCGGCGAUAUCCCCAUCUCCGUCCAGAAUCGCGAGACCAACUACGUCGCUGCGCAGAUUGCACACAACACACGCAUCCAUGCUGCACAGGUAGACUUGAAGGAGGUAGUGAGGCUGCACCCGACGCUGGCACCGUUCUUUACGCGGCCGGAUAUUACUUUCCCGCUCUUUUCGAUUGUCAAUGGGAUGAGUCAAUUGUUUGUUGAGCUUCCUUCGCUUGAGGCGCUAGCUGCCGUUACACCUGCGACCGGUGGUGAGCUGGUUUCUGCUGAUUAUCUUGAUGAAGGGUGGAGGACUGGGUUGAUCUGUGUGUACUUCAUUGUUCGGGAUGUUGAGGAUAGUGUCACCACGAAGAAGGUUAUUCGGUCCAGGAUGAUGCUGGGCACUCUGGAAGAUUCGGCUACUGGCAGUUCGGCUAGUGGGCUGGCAGCAUACUUGACGCUUACGGAGGGCAAGUCUGGUCAGAAUUAUCAGUACCAUGUUGUGCAGGGGGUGGAAAUGGGACGCCGGAGCGAUAUUGGUGUUGGAGUGACUUUGGAUGGCGACAAGAGGAUCGAACAGGUUGUGCUGACAGGCACUGCUGUUAGUGUGUCUGAGGGAAAGGUGCUGGUUCCUGCCUGA